GACGACCUGCCCACCGGUCGGGUCGAUGAACUCCUAGCUAGCAUCCACCUCUUCGCAACUCGCGAGCGGGUAGAGCCCCGUGACGAGGAGGCUGAGGUGCUGCAGCGGGAGGCCGAACCUGUGCCCGAGGGGGAGUUCCACCACGUCGAGCCGACUGACGACCCGACUGUGGUCGACUCCGUACUUCGUGGGCCAGACUUACGCGCGCAAGUCAACGACUCCUUUUCGGAGUUUGUCAAGACAAUCAAGGUUUCGUACGCGUCCGACAGCCUCGCUAAGAAGAUACUCGAACACCCGGAAGACCACAAGGACUUCCAGGUGAAAUCGGGUGUCAUCUGGGCGCGCAAUGCCAACCGCGAAUGGGUGACCUACGUUCCGAAAGGAUCCUUUGUCGACAAGACGUUGCGCCAGGUCGUGAUAGAGCAGGCGCAUCAGACUGUCGGGCACUUUGGACCUCAACGAACGGGGGAAUACAUUCGCCGCUGGUAUUGGUGG